AUGCAGACGACACUCCUCCCAAUCUCGAUCUGUGACAAAAUCGACCGACGUGUCCGGAAGUUUAUUUGGGGCUCCACAGGAGAUAGCAGGAAAAUCCAUCUAGUCCACUGGGAAGGGGUGUGCCAAACGAAGAAAGAGGGCGGCCUCGGAUUUAGGAAGGCGCACGAGCUGAACCUAGCUUUCCUUGCUAAGCUAGUGUGGUUAUUCACUAAAAAGCCGGAUGAGUUGUGGGUGCAGGUGCUCCAGUCGAAGUAUUUCAAAACAGUUAAUGGCGUCCUAGUAGCUAAAUCGUCGGCCAGAUCCUCCAACCUGUGCAGAGGGAUGCGCAGAGCUUGGCCGGUGACAAAACUGGGAACUCUUAUGCGCCCGAAGGAUGGGAUGAGCACUAGCAUGUGGACGGAUCAAUGGGUGGAGACGGGUGUUGUGUUGAUGGACUAUCUGAAGGAAGACUCUCCCCCGAUCGAUCCUUGCACUCCUGUGACCGCGUUUGAGGAUAAUGGUAAGUGGGACCUCAAUAACCUCUCUCAAUUCUUACCCGAUGAGUUGCUUUUGAAGAUUGCAGGAGUUCAGCCACCGGUGGAGGGCGCUGGUGAGGACGUUCCAACUUGGGGACUGGAAGUGAAUGGUCAGUUCUCUGUGCGUACAGCCUAUUCCCUUGCGACGGACUGCUCCGACAAAGACGACGCCGCCAAGUGGAAGGAGAUUUGGAAGUGGCGGGGACCAGAGCGAGUUCGGCAUUUCUUAUGGCUGGCCAUGAGGGAAAGGCUCCUCACAAACAGCGAGCGCGCCAGGAGGAAACUCACCACGUCAACAGGAUGCGGAGCUUGCGGCUGUGAUGAGGAGACAGUCCUGCAUGUGUUGCGGGACUGUGAUUUUGCCAGGUUAACUUGGAUGCAACUAAUCCCACCUUCUGAACACCACCGGUUCUUUGGAGCUAAUCUGCAGGAUUGGAUCGAGCGCAACCUCCGAAGUGAGCACACUGGCCUUGACUUUGGCCUUACCUGCUGGUCUCUCUGGAAGACCAGGAAUGAUCGAGUCUUUGCAGGCAAGAUCACGACUACUGCAACCUUUCUUCAGCGCGUCCAAGCUUGGAUAACUGCCUUGGACAAGGACAGGCUCAUUCAUAUGCAUAAUCCGCCCAUGAGAACGGAGGUGGAUAUCUCGUGGAAGCCACCACCUCCAGAGUGGAUGCCUUUUGGCAUUUACUCUAUCACCCGGGCAGAGUUGAGGGGCGCUGUUGAAGGGCUGCAGUUAGCUUGGGAUGCUGGGUACCGGCGCGUUAUACUAGAGUUGGAUUCCGAAUGUGCCUGUCAGCUGCUUCGGACAUCCGACCUUAGUGAGCAUCACCACGUAGCCAUCCUGGAUAGAGCUCAGGAGCUGCUUCACAGACAGUGGGACGUCUCAGUCAACCACAUAUAUAGGGAAGGCAAUAAGUGUGCGGACUAUCUUGCGAGCCAGGGUCAUACUGUUCCUUUGGGGUUCCAUAUGUUUCCGUUAGCUGAUCCUAUGCUUUGUAACUUGACUAUGUACGAUAUUCAGGGGCUCUCUGAGUCCCGGGUGGUUUUGAAUGAAAGGUAG